UGGGUGGAGCUCGACGGCCGGCCAGUCACAACCGCCAGGCAAGGCGUCCACCUGGCCCCCCCGCGUGAUCGCGGCCGCUUUGGCGGCUCUUGAGCUCCUCCGCCGCCCCGGCCGCCCGGCGCCCCCUCUCUCAAUUCCCUAUAUAGCCCGGCCCCGGCCCCGCGGGGCUAGUCAUCAACUCAUCCCGCUGCUCCGCUCGAGGACGUACGAUGCCCUCCUCCGCGCCUCGCCACCACGGCGCCGCCGGCCACGCGCUGCUCGCCGCGCUCCUCGCGUCCGCGCUCGUCGCCGCGCGGGCGCAGGACGGCGGCGGCGACGCGCCCGGCGGCCAGGAACAGAACCAGCAGGACCAGGUCAGCACGGCGAUGGUCGCGCUCCUCGCGGCCGUCGUCGCGGUGUUCGUCUUCAUCGCCUCCGCCACCAUGUACCUCCGCCACUGCAGCGGCAGCGCGCCGCCGCCCGCCGACAGCCGCGCGGCCGUCGGCGCCUUCUCCGCUUCGCGUUCGUCGCGGUUGUGGUGGCGGCCGCGGCGGCGCGCCCCGCGCGGGCUCGACGCCGGGGCCGUCGAGGCGUUCCCCACCAUGACGUACGCCGAGGCCAAGGCGCUGCGCGUCGGGAAUGGCGGCGACGGCGGCGGCGCGCUCGAGUGCGCGGUGUGCCUCAGCGAGUUCGAGGACGGGGAGCGGCUCCGGGUGCUGCUGCCCUGGUGCAGCCACGCCUUCCACCCGGACUGCAUCGGCGCGUGGCUCGCCGGCCACGUCACCUGCCCCGUCUGCCGCUGCAACCUCGAGCCUCGAAACAAGGAUGCCACCACCAGCAGGGACGGGGAAGAGCCGACGGGUAGUUUGCCGCCGAUUCCGGUAGCGAGCAGCAUCUCCAGCGACACCGCGGCCGCGUGGCAGCGCGCCGGCCCGCUGCCGGUGGCCGUGGUGAUCGACGUGGCCGCCGAGGAGGAGGAGUGGCGGCAGGAGGCGCUGGAGCUGCACCGGAUCGGGACCCAGCGGCGGGCCAUGCGGUCGCGGUCGGGGAGCGGGCCGGCGACGAUGGCGCCGCCGCAGCUCCCCCGGCGGCAAUCCCUUGCGGCGCGGCUGGACCGCGACCUGGAGCGCUUCACGCUGCGGCUGCCGGAGCACGUGCGCAGGGAGAUCGUCGCCGCCGCGGCCGAGCACAGCCUGCAGCUGCGCCGCGAGCGAGGAGCCGCGGGAGGCGGCGGCCGCAGCGCGCCCCUCGUCGGGCUCGGGCGGCCGGGCGGGUGGCAGUCGCUCCUCGGGACGGCCUUCUCCGGGAGGCUGUCCUUUUCGGCGCCGAGGGUACCGGCGAGCUGCUCCGGCGGCGGAGAGGUGCCGUCCUCCUCGUCGUCUUACUCGAGGCUGAGAGGGAAGCGCGUGGCCGCCGUCGAUGCCGACGACGACGUUGCUGCUACGGGGAGCAGCAGCAGCCCUGACAGCGCUGGAGUUGGGGGCGGCGGUGAAAAAGGUGGCGGCGACAGCGGACGUGGACAAGGAAGUUAAAAAAGUAGGGCGGGAACGGAAGAUUUCGAGCGUAGUAAAAACUUGAAAGAAAAGGCAGUUACGGUGCUGGUUGGACGUAGGAUUUUAAGCCAGGCAGCAAGUAUCUACAGAUGUCUGAACAUAGAUAAAUUUUUACUUUGUAGUCAGUUCCGUUCUGUUUCUAUGCAUUUUAGGCCCUGUUUAGUUUCUAAAAAAUUUCCUACA